AUGGCGAUCAGUGCGUCACCCGAUCGGAAAUGUAAAUCUGGUACUAAGGUUGUCGAGGCCCAUAGCUUGGGAUUUUUAGAUAAUAGCAUUGGUGAUACUCGUGCUGAUGAUUCAUGGAGUUAUGAUAAUACUGAAGACUGGGGUAUCAAUUAUCCACAAUGUGAUGGUAUACGACAGUCACCAAUUCAUUUAAUAUCGAGUAAUUCGGUGAUCAUGCCAUUUCCAACAUUGCGCUUCAUAAAUUACAAUGUACCGUUGAGUGGAAAGUUGACUUUGGAAAAUAAUGGACAUACGAUUAGUAUGCCUAUACCGAGUACAAGAAAUGGAAUACGUCCAUACAUUUCCGGUGGUUCGUUAAAAAGUCGUUAUGAAGCCAUUGGUGUACAUUUUCAUUGGGGUUCGCCAAGUAUUAAGGGUUCAGAGCACAUGAUCAAUAAUCGUCGUUAUGACAUUGAAAUGCAUAUUGUCCAUAGAAAUGUUAAGUACAGUACAGAUGAAGAUGCACGCAAAAAUAGCGAUGGCUUUGCUGUAUUGGGCAUUAUGUUAACGGCAGUUAGUAAUCCUGUCCGUCAAUUUACAGCCUUCACGAAAAUUUUUAGGAAAUUACCUUCACUCAUAGAUUAUAAGUCAAGAUCAUUUAUAAAUGGACAGAUAAGUUUAAAUCAACUCAUGGGAAAUUUAAAUACAAGAAGCUUUUUCACAUAUCAAGGUUCUCUUACGACUCCACCAUGUUCACAAUCUGUAACUUGGUUCGUGUUUCCUGAUACAAUUUUAGUACCACGAGCUUCGAUUGAGCAAUUCUAUGAUAUGUUUGACUCGCAUGACGGGCCUUUGAUUGAUAAUUAUAGACCAUUACAGCCAAAGAACCAACGUAAUGUUUAUUACAGAACUGAUUUUAUUUUUUGGGAUUUGGUGUUGCAACCAUCGGGUUACUUUACAUAUGACGACACAAGAACUUGGGGCUUAAAAAAUCCAGUGUGCAAUACUGGAAAAAGACAGUCACCUAUAAAUUUAUCUCGAUCAACGUCGAUUCACUAUAGGGAACAUAAUAAAAAAAACAACGCUGAAACUGAUUUGGAUGAUAUAACGGAAGAGAAAUAUGGGAAGAUUGAAAAUGCAUAUGAUCCGUCGUACCAUGUAAGUACUGAACCUUUGCCGCCACUACUAUUUAUUAAUUAUGAUGAACCUAUUACUGGCGAUUUAGAGUUAACCAACUCUGGCAGAACAGUUGAAUUCGAUAUAAAUAAAAAUCAGACGUCAUCUUACAUUACUGGUGGUACACUAAAAAACUUGUAUAGAGCAGCAAAUAUCCAUCUUCAUUGGGGUUCAGAACAUGUAAGAGGUGCUGAACACCUUAUUGAUAGUGACCAGUAUGACUGUGAAAUGCAUAUAGUACAUCAUAAUACAAAGUAUGAUAACUGUCCUAGAAAAGCACUUCACAAUCAUUAUGAUGGACUCGCCGUUCUUGGUAUCUUCUUAAAAAUUGAUUUUGCUUUAGAGGAAAAUGGCAGUACUAUUGGUCUUAAUAAAAUUUUUGCAGCUGUUUCUAAAGUAAAACAUUUCCUUUCAAAUGCUCACAUUGAUGAACCUCUUACUUUACAACAAAUUCUUGGAAAUAUUACAACAAAAAGAUCAGUAACAACACCACCUUGUGCGGAAGCGGUUACAUGGAUAGUGUUUGAAGAACCUAUACAUAUAUCAUAUGAAGACGUUUCCAAACUUUGGGAUAUAGAAAACAAGGAUGGAUAUUUACAAAAUAAUUUUAGACCAGCACAGCCAUUAAAUGGCCGUACUGUCUAUUACAAGGAAAGUUAA